AUGAGCGAGGAUGAGUUCGGCUGGUCAUCUGGCGACGAAGAGCCGUUCGCGGCUACCACAGAUGUUGUGCUAGACGGAAAGCGCAAACUUACUGUCGACAGCGCGUUUAGAUAUCAAGACGAACAGCUUGGUCGCCGGACUGCCGACCAAAGCGGCGUCACCUUGGUCAUCUCACCGCUCAUCGCUUUGAUGAAGGAUCAGGUCGAUGCUCUAUUACGCCGCGGAGUCAAAGCUGCUGUGUUGAACUCGUCCGUCUCCCGCGACCAAUUCCUGGCCACACAAGACGACCUCAAGAAAGGCCACUUAGAUCUUAUCUACUGCGCGCCAGAGCGUCUCAACAGCGAAGGCUUUAUUGCGUCACUCAAAGACAUCCCUGGAGGCAUCCGUUUAUUAGCUGUUGACGAAGCGCAUUGUAUCUCUGAGUGGGGCCACUCGUUCCGCCCGGACUACCUCAAAAUUGCUCGAUUCGCAAAAGAAGCACAAGUUGAGCGAGUUGUAUGCCUCACCGCCACAGCAACACCGAAGGUCGCCGAAGACAUUAGAGAUGCUUUCGCUAUACCCAAAGAAGGCCUGUUCCGGACAACCAUGUAUCGCUCCAACCUACGCCUCCUGGCUGAGGCGAAUGGCAAAGACGCUGAUUACGUGUCAAAACUAGCUGCUCAUCUUGCGAAGUACCCUGGUCCUACCAUCGUGUACGUGACAGUUCAAAAAGGUGCAGAGGUGCUGGCCGGAGAACUGCAGAAGCGUGGCUUCAAAGCUAGGCAUUACCACGCUGGAAUGCCUGCGCCACUGCGCUCGAAAACACAAGACGAGUUCCUCGUCAGCAAAGACAUGAUCGUUGUUGCUACUAUUGCGUUCGGUAUGGGCAUCGAUAAGCCAGAUAUCCGUAGCAUCGUUCAUUUCGACAUACCUGACAGUGUCGAAUCGUACAGUCAGCAAAUUGGUAGAGCUGGUCGAGACGGCAAACCAAGUGUGUGCAUGUUCUAUCUCUCGACAAAGGACUUCUAUCUGCGCAACAUCUUCACUUACGGUGAUCGGCCUUCGUUACGCUCACUGAAGCUUCUGAUGCAGGAUAUAUGUUCGCCAGCUCGUAGACAACUCAAAGCAGGCGAUACUUUCCAACUCUCACUGUACACGCAGGGCCAAGAAACUGACAUCAAAGCCAUCAUUCUCGGUAUUCUGUAUGCGCAGAUGGAGUUGCAUUUCGAACUCUUCCGUUCUGCUGGGGCUCUGUAUGCGAAGUAUAGUUACAUUGUCAAGAAUCCGAACAUCGUGCGGAACGAUGGAUCGGCAGCAGCAUCAGCGAUUGUUAGGGCAUCAGUCAAGAGCAGCAAAUGGACUCACGUGGCAUUGGAUGAUCUCGCCGAUUCCAGUGGCAUCACCCGAGCGGAUUUAGUACGCAAAAUGGACGGAUGGAAUGAGCGCGGUGCGAUUGAACUGAAGAAAGAGGGCGUACAGAACGUAUACCGCUUGGAGCGACCCUUGCCGUCCACACCAGAAGAGAUUGACAACAUCGUCAAACAACUUGAUGAAACCAUGGAAAAGACAGAGCAACAAAACCUUGCCCGGACAAAAGCAUUACUGGAUCUGAUCACCGACAAACGCUGCUUGUCUAGGUCUAUUGCGGACUACUUCGGAGAAAGCACUGAUGUAUCAGAAGAAUGUGGACAUUGCACGUGGUGUGAGACACAUAGGCGAGUUGUGCUACCUGACGAGCCGCCACAAUCUCCUGAUCCCAAGAAGGUUCAGCAAGUACUGAAGGAGAUUAGUGUACGCGAUGACCCUAGGUUCCUUGCCAAGCUCGCAUUUGGAAUCAAGAGUCCGCGUAUGACUGCACUGAAGGUCUUUUCAUCCUCUGCGUUUGAGUCGAUGAAUGUGUGUGACUUUCCCGAGUUGUUGAAAGUUUUCACAAAGGCUUGCGAGGAGCAUAGCAGGAAGGGGAAGGCGUGA